GAACAAUUCGAAAAAAGGUGUGGUUUAUUUCAGUUUGGGUUCAAAUGUGUUAAGCUCAAAUACGGCCCCAGAAUUUCUUAAAGCUAUCAAAGAAGCACUGUCCGAAUUACCGUACGAUUUCAUGUGGAAAUGGGAAACCGAUGAUUUGCCAGAUAAACCGGAAAAUGUCUUAAUCCGAAAGUGGUUUCCCCAACAAGAUGUUCUUGGUCAUCCAAAUAUCACUCAAGGAGGUUUGCAAUCGAUGGAAGAAGCGAUAACAAACGCAGUUCCUAUGGUGGUUGUUCCAUAUUUUGCUGAUCAGCCGUACAACGCUAAACGCAUGGUUCACAUGCAAAUUGCUCAAGAAUUAAACUACAAGAUGCUCACCAAAGAACAAUUUAAAAAUGCUGUAAGAGAAGUAGUCGAAAAUGAAAUAUACACGAGAAAUGUGAUGAAGUACAGUAAACUUCUCGUGGACCAACCAAUAACUGGACUGGAGAAGGCAGUGUGGUGGAUUGAGUUCACUUUAAGACACAAGGGAGAUUUUAAUUUAAAAGGAUAUGGAGCAGAUGUUCCAUAUCUCAAUGUAUCAAUAUUUCUUUCUAGAUAUGAUUGCUUUUGCUUUAAUUAUUGUCCUUGUAACAGUUUUGUCUGUGAAAAAAAUUGUUAACAUAAUUAUUCGAGUAUUAAAUCUUAAUAAAACCACAAAGAAAAUAAAGCGUAUUU